AUGAUAUUCUCACGAUCAGGGCGAUCAGUUUUUCCCCUUCUCCCCCCAUAUGGGGCACACGAUCCGAAUGACGGGCGCAUAGUCCCAUCAAACCCGGACGGACUUACUCCUUAUCUUGGCUUGCGAGCUCGACUGUCACAAGUAUGGAUCAAUCUCUGGACGAUGUUGUUGCUACUUGUGCUCGUCCGAGUACUUAUGGCAACCUCGGGCGUGAACAACGACAUGUCAAGUGCAAAAAGAGAAGCUCUAUCUGCUUGUACAUCGGUGGAAUCGAUGGGCAGUGCGAUGGCGUCCAUGCCGCAUUACCUUUCCCAAGGCGUCAAUGAACUUACCGCUUCGGGCAUCUCGGAGGCGGUCCACGGACUGCGAUCAAUGCUGCUAUUGACCAUCACGGGCGUGGAAGAGCUCAUUCUUUUCGUCAUCAAAAUGAUGUACCAGACAUAUUUGUGCCUUAUCACACUGGCUGUGCGCGCAACUGUAUCGGUGACAACCGGGCUGAUUGAAGAUGUCCUCGAUGGACUGAACAGCACUCUACACGAAAUCAGCAGCGGUCUUACAAAAACCGCGGAUAACUUCGAGGGUGUACUCCAGGAGAUCACAGACACAGUCAAUGGGGCUUCCAAGCUCCUGGGUGCCAAGAUCCCGACAUUGGAUCUGAACAGCACUAUCGAUUCAGUCAAAAAUAUCAACCUUUCUAUCCCAUCAGGGAUAGAUGAGAAGCUCAAUAAACUUAACAGCUCAAUUCCUACUUUCGAGACAGUCCAAAACGAGACCGAAAAUAUCAUUCGGCUUCCCUUCGAAGAAGUUAAGAAGCUGCUCAACAUCCACCUGGGAAAUUACACAUUCGACAGCUCAGGCUUGCCUGUUCCCGCAAAGAAGCAGCUGACAUUCUGCAAUGAUAAUGAUGGUAUCAACGGAUUCUUUGACGGGGUCGGAGACGUCGUCUCCACUGCCAAAAAGAUCUUCAUUGCUGUUCUGGUCGUGGCUGCAAUUCUGGCCUGCGUUCCCGUGGCAUGGCAGGAAAUCCGACGCUGGCGGCACAUGAAUGAACGCUCACAGCUGGUGCGCAAGGACACUCACGAUCCAAUGGAUGUUGUUUAUAUCGUCUCAAGGCCUUACUCUGCUGCUGCAGGUAUCAAGGCUGCCAGUCAUUUCAGCAACAGUCGUCGGCAAAUUCUGGUUCGCUGGGCCAUAGCCUAUGCUACCUCAUCAACUGCGCUGUUGGUUCUGGCCCUCGCCCUCGCUGCCCUUUUCGCCUGUUUGUGUCAAUACAUAUUGCUCAGGGAAAUUUCCAAGACAGUCCCAGCACUGACUACCGAGGUUGGUGCUUUUGCUGAUAAAGUUGUCGACUCACUUCAAAAUGCUUCAGCGGACUGGGCAAACGGCGCCAACAAGAUUAUCACUGAUUUUGAUGAUGAUCUGAACAACAAUGUGUUUGGCUGGGUAAAUACAACCACCGGUGCAAUCAACGGAACCCUCGAGGCGUUCAUCAACAAGACAAACGGCGUCUUAAGUGAAGCUUUCGGCGAUACUCUUCUUUACGUGCCGAUCAAGGGCAUCUUCGACUGUCUAAUUGAAAUGAAAGUCGAGAGUGUGCAAAAAGGUCUAACGUGGGUCAGCGACCAUGCUCACAUUGAAUUCCCCCUGCUACCAAACGACACGUUUUCUCGCGGCGCGAACAGCAGUAUUUCUGGUGACUCCGAUCCAUCAGAGAGCUUCCUAGCCGAUGCCGGCGACGAGACUUCCAACAAGAUCAGCGAAGUUGUGACAUCUGUAAUCAACAAGCUCUACGCCGGUCUCCGCGUCGAAGCUAUUAUUGCCACCUGCAUUCUUCUCCUCUGGGUAAUGAUUGUUCUCAUUGGCGUCGUUCGCGCCAUGGCCCUCUGGUGGGGACGUGAUCGAAAUCGCGGUGAGGGCGGCGGCCAUGCUAUGGAAGCCAUUCCCAACCAUCCUGCCCCGGCCCCAAAUUCAUCCGGAGCUGGCUUCACAGAAGUCCCACUCACGGCUGUACCGAAAGGUUCUCUUGGCUCCAUCAAUGCGAUGCCGCAAUAUGAGACCCCGGUGGGGAGCUCAGUGGCACGGAGUGGAUCUGAAUUUCCUGAUGAGAAGCUAGGGUUUGCAGGGCACAGAAGCUAUCAUCUUGACUCGGCUUCUAUGAGGAAGAGUAACUAUGUUGAAUAUGACGUGAAGCGAUGA